AGAGGGAGGAAGCUGUGGAGGUUGGUCGGCAAGAUAAGCCAAUGAAACGGUGCACUUGGAAAGUGGGUGUGUGGACGUCGUUCAGUUGGGAGAAUUAUCUCGGAAACUGGCGAGAAUCUGUGGCUCUGCAGUCAGCUGUUUCACAAGAACAUGCCUGGUGUUGAGCCAAGAUGGCGUCCUAUGUAGCGCUAGUUGCAGUUGUAGUGGAGAACAAGGGGGCGGGUCUAAAACUGCAUCACAGCUGAUCUGGAGGUUUUUCCCCCUUAAGUUGUUUUUUGCAGAGAGCAGCUUUGCAGAGAUCUAAACAGGGGGACCUCUCUCUUGUUUUCUAUCUUGCCAUUUUGGAACCAAGCGAAUUUAAAAGAAGAUCCUAUAUUUUUUUUCAGCCAAUGAUCGGAUUUUAAACCCCCUGCGCGGAUUUAUUAUGGCACUUGUUUUAAGAAAAAGCAGUAUUUUUCACCCGAAUACCCUUGUUUUUUGUCACCCACGGGGAAUUUAGCCCUGGUCUGACCCAGUUUUAGUGCUUUUGCCUUCAGUGCAUCCCAUGUUUUAGUCCGAGCUUUCAGUGGAGAUGUUUUCGGCAGGAGAGGAGCUUAAUUCCCAUUUGUUUACCUCACUGAAGGAGUCCCCUGGAGCUGCAAUCUCACCAACACUGGAGCUCAGUCUCACUGCCGUCUACACCUUCCUCUACUCAUUUCUGUUUGUUUUCGUGUACCUGCAGCUCUGGCUCAUUUUGCACUACGGACACAAGCGAUUCAGCUUCCAGAGUGUGUUUUUGUUUCUGUGCUUGCUCUGGACUGCACUGAGGACGACCCUCUUCUCUUUCUACUUUAAAAAUGUGGUGCAGGCCAACCAGCUGCAGCCUCUGGCCUACUGGCUGCUCUACUGCUGCCCUGUCUGCCUGCAGUUCUUCACCCUAUGCCUACUCAACCUCUACUUCACACAGGUGAUGUUUAAGGCUAAAGCGAAGUAUUCUCCAGAGCUCACUAAAUACAAGGUUCCUCUGCGUCUGUUCUUCCUGUGUCUCAGUAUAUUUUUCCUGGUGGUAAAUUUAACUUGUGCGUUGUUAGUGCAAGGAGCUCUGGAGCGCUCUGAGUCACCAAGUGAUGUGGGAAUCAGACAUGCGGUCCUGGCCCGGGUCCUGAUCAACGACAGUCUGUUCGUCCUGUGUGCUGUCUCUCUGGCCGUCUGCAUCUUCAAGAUCGCCAAAAUGUCCUCUGCCAAUGUUUACCUCGAGUCCAAGGGUACAUCAGUGUGCCAAGCUACAGCCAUAGGAGCCGUGGUGAUCCUGCUGUACACAUCUAGAGCCUGCUACAACCUGGUGGUGGUGGCCCUGUCGCCGCAGGACAGACCCAACCCCUUCAACUACGGCUGGUUCAGCGUUUCCGAUCAGGCUGAUGUGCAGGAGAUCAGCGGUGAAGCCUACGUUGUGUUUGGGAUCAUUCUGUUCUUCUGGGAGCUGCUACCUACAAGUUUAGUGGUGGUGUUCUUCAGAGUCCAGAAACCCAACCAAAACCUGGCUCCAGGUGGAAUGAUCAACAGCCACAGUUUCAGCUCCAGAGCUUAUUUCUUUGACAACCCUAGACGGUACGAUAGUGAUGAUGACCUGUCCAGAAGCAUUAAUAGUAGGACUGAUCGGGCCAGCCUUCUCUCCAACCCUCCCCAGCUGGGUACGUCAAGUUGGUACGGCGCCAUCCAACGCAAUGCAACACUGACUGCGAGUGUCGGGACCGCCCAGCAAGCGCCAUCUUCUACGGCCCCCCUCCUGUUCGCCUACGGAAACAUCCAGAGUCACAACCCACACCAUCACAACUAUUACUCCACCCCGCAGAACAACAACCACCACCAUCACCAUCAUCACAGUAACUUCUAUUCCACGCCACAGAAUUAUUACUCUGGGUCACAAACUUAUUUCUGCACCCCACAGAAUUAAACUAGGUUAGAGUUAAAAAAGACUAAUAGAAAUCUAUCCUGUCACUAUUUUGCUUCCCCAGAUCAUCAUUUCGUUUACUUUUGAAUGAUACUCUGAGGGAUUGCUUUGGAUCAGGUUGGGCCUAAAAGUUGGAUCAAAUUUUGAUGGCAUCAGUAGCUGGGAAGUUAUUUUGCCAUGACCAACUGCUUCUUUUUUUUUUUAGGACAUUACUGUCACAGAAAUCAAAGGCAGGACACAUGUACCUGAGUUUUAGCAAUAAUGUGGCUAAUACCCCUAAAAGACCAAACUCUUUAUGUUAAAUGUUUUAGUCACAAGAUGGGAAUCAUUAGGGACCAGAUAAUCAUAGCUCUCAUCAUCUCAACUUGUAAAUUGCAUCCAAGUAUGGAACAUAUCAUUCUGCUCAGACAAGAACCAUGUAGCAGGCGAGCUAACAUGACUAAUGAUGAGGCCGCCAUGGGCUGUUGUUCAACAGUUCCUAACACACAGACAUUAUUUACUUGACAAAAGUCUAAGUGUUAUUUGGGUUGUCAAAAGAGUUGUGUGACUGUUAUUAAUCAGCACGCAUAUUAUACAAUCGCGUAAGGAUUGAAGGGUCAUUCUGGCAGGAAGAGAAAAGUGUAGGAUUCUGGCCUACUAGCUUAACCUCAAUUCUUAAUAAAGCUUUUCUGACAAUGAAAAACAAAUCUCCAUCUAACUACAGAGGAUAAAGAGGGUAUUUUACGUUGUUUCUUACAUUUUAGGUCUGGUGACAGGUGACUGGCUUGACAGGAAUUAGCAGUUGCUAAUUUGCCAUUGGCUUUCACAGUGAGAGCUAGCUUAUCGCCUCUGCUAACAGUUAGCUUAAACUCAAGCUGACAAAGUUCCCAGAGACCUAGCCAAACUGAAUUGCAAAAAAGCAAUCCUUAACAUACUUGGCAAUAUUAUCUUUGUUGCCACAUAAUUGUUACACCAAUAGCCAGCUUAAGACUGUGACCUGUCUACUCAGUAGGCUACUGGAUUUUAUUUUAACAUGUAAAAAAGGCUUAUUACAUUCUCAUAACUGACUCAAUCAAAAAUACUGGUCAGUUUUUUUCAGUGUUCACAAGUCUCAUCCAUGUAAACUGCUUACAGCCACAAAAGAGCUGCCAUAUGCUUGGUAAUGUCAAUCUCAAUAGCACAAGCUUGAUCGUGUGUGAAAAAUGUAACAUCUAACAAUUGCAUAUAUUAUGAAAAUACAUUGUGGAGGAACAGUUUCAAUUAAUGACUUAAAUGACCGACUCAGGCUUUCAACAAAAUGAGCUCAGUUACGAGAACAUGCUAUGGUUUUUGGAUUAUUUAAACAGCAGCCAAAUCCAAGUUUAUUUCCCCAUAAUUAUCCAAUGGAAACUAAACACUUAUAACAGGGAGGCGCCAUACACUGUCAACUUGCUGAAUGUUUGGGGUUAAAAAACAUGUCAUGGAUCCUACUGGGCAGUAGCACUAUCAUUUAGAUGAGAGUUUCAAUGUGUAAGCUGCAUUCGACUUUGUAAUAACCCCAGGAUUGUAUAUUAACGGGUGGAAAUUAUCAUAUUUUGGACCAAAAAAUAUUCGCUGAAGCAACAAUUUGCACUUAGAAAAAAAGUUCACCUUAAGAGAAAAGAGCAUACUUGUUUUAUGCAUUUUCUUCAAUCAUUGUCUGUAUUUAUCUUUUACUAUUUAUCCAUUUUAAGAAAGGAAAUAUCAAUGUGCCAUCACAUUUGGUCUUGUCUUAUAGUUUCAUUCCAAAAGGAAAAUAUUUUUGCACAAGAAUGAUCGGAUAAUGUAUUUUUAAAGGUUUGUGUGUCAACCUAAUCCAUUUCUAAUCCAUGUGAUUUCUCUGAGUCUGUGUGUGUGUGUGAUCUCACAUUUGAGUUUUUUCUUUUAUACAUUUAUAUUUUUAUUGUUUAACAGAUUGUAUAGUUUAUUUUUUCUCCUAUUGUUCAUUAUCUCAUAAAUCUUCUGAAUCUCAUGACAGACUGCAGCCUGUAAGCAAUAUUUCACUUUGAUGGAACAUUUUUUGGUAUGUAUAGCAAACCAAAAUCAGCGUUCGCAUCUGUGCUAAGUCACAACUUAAGAAGAGAGGUGUGACCCAACAUCAAGGUACUUACACAGACGUCAGCUGUCAUGAAACUCAAUCUGUAAAUGACCUAGCAAACUUUUGAGUUUAUACAAGAAAACACAGGACACUGAAAACGACACUGAAAUACAAAGAUGGAAAUGAAGCUGUUCACCUAUUUCCGAAAUAAUAUCAUCUGCAGUGCAUGCUUCUGCAUCAGAGUGCAAGAUCUCAGUGUCAUACUUAUUUUCCAAGGUGAUUUAAUUUAUGUAAAAAUGUUGCUCUAUCUGCUAAAAUGGCAGUGUUAUGAUUUGUUUCAUGUUAUGGAUUGUUUUAUCUGUGGCCAUAUUGAAUGUAACCUGACAGAUCACUAACAAUGUAUGCAAGAAAAGCACUACCAUGUUUAAAUAAAGGCCUACUGCACUGUUUUUAAAACUAAAAUAAC